AUGGAGGCCAUCGUCCUUGUGGACAAGCCCAUUAUUCUAGCUCCUGACUUGACGACUUGCAAAACCGUUGGCGACUUCUUCACCGCUAUCAAAGACUUCAACUCGGACAUCUUCAACGACAUGGAGACUUUGCUGUACAUUAUACAUGGCUCUGACGGUAUCCAGGUGCCACUGAACGGUCCCUUGUACGACCCCGAGCGUCCUCUACCAACCACCAUCGAUUCAGUCUUCCGCAUUACGGCACGGCCGAUGCAACUAGAGUACCUCGUACGAGUCCGUCUCCCACUUCAGAAUUUCACGCACCCCUGGCCAACAUACGGUUCUGUGACAGUGUGGUGGGGCGACACUGGAAGACGGCUACGAGAAAAAAUUCAUGCGAAAUACGGAAUUCCGAUAGACUCUUUUAUGCUCGCAUUUCGUGGCGCUGGCGUCUUCGAUACCAUGAGUCUCUGUGAGCAGAAGAUCUUGGGCUGCUGUAUUGUCACUGUGAGACUAAGCAUUUCGAUCAAAUGCCAGUUCAAGAAGGAGGAUUAUUCGAUCCGGGUCUGGUCCGAUGACACGAUGAAAAAACUUCUCGAAAUGGUUGCGAAGCGGAUGGAUGAAAGCCUAGAGUGCCUUCGCUUCGCGAUCAUCAAAUGCUCUGGCAACGUUACUGAAGAAGCAAAGAAGUGGCUCCCGGAUCAAUCCGACAUUUACUCGGCUGAGUACGUCGCCGGAACAUUGGAAGAGAAUGGGUUUCGACACGGAGACAAGAUCAUGGUAUUCCGCCAGCAAGAGAACUCGAAUAAACGAAAGAGGGACUCCGAGGAAGCUGAGACUAAGGAAACCGCCUAA